AUGCUUGCUCCACCAGGGUCGCAGAAAAUACUCAGCUAUAUGAUUGGCUGGCUUACUGUUAUUGGCUGGCAAGCAUCAUUUGCCACAGCCAACUUUGUCUCGGCAGCUCUUAUUCAAGGCUUGAUUGUCCUGACUCGGCUCAGUUAUGACCCUAAACCGUAUGAGCAUAUGCUAUUGUUCAGGGCGGUGAUGGCUUUCGCUGUAUUCAUCAACGUGCUUGCCAGUACUGUGUUACCGAAGUUCGAGGGUUUCAUAUUGGUCCUCCACAUAGUCGGAUAUUUCGCCAUUCUGCUACCGCUGCUGAUCCUUGGAGAACACCAAGACCCUCACCAAGUCUUUGGCCUGUGGCUGAACCUGGGCAACUUGCUUACCCAAGGGACUUCGUUCAUGGUCGGCCUUCUUGGACCCGUCUUCAUGUUCUUGGGUGCCGACGGUGCAGUACACGUCAAUCCACGCACAUCGAUCCCUGUCGCAACAAUUAUCGCCACGACCAUAACAUCCACCCUUCUUUCACUGAUAAUACUAGGCUCAUCUACAGCUUUUAACAACAUUGUAUCUAUAGCAGUCACUGGAUUGUCGGCAUCGUAUGUUCUGGCUAUCGGGCUCCUCCUUUGGCGCCGCACUACCGGCGGAAUUCGGCAUUCCCCUCUCUCAGGAUCUCAGCUCACGAACACGCCUGGUUUCGAGCUUAGCUGGGGCCCUUGGCAUAUCCCCGGCAUUGUGGGACCUGCGGUCAACUUGUUUGCCAUCAUCUACGUGCUCGUCAUUCUGUUCUUCAGCUUCUGGCCACCGGACGUGCCGGUCGAUGGCGCUAAAAUGAAUUACACCAUACUGGUCACAGGAGCGGUUCUGAUUUUUAGCGUGACUUGGUACUUAGCAUGGGGAAGACGAGACUAUAAAAGGCCGCUGAUCGAUACUGCAAGUGUGCAUUGA